UCUCAGUUGGUCUGUAUUAUCGGUAUGACAGAUUUCCUAAUCUCAUGUGUCGUUUUUCAGAUUCUUAUAAUUUUUAAUCCGUUUGAGAGCGAUAUUUUUUUUCUUUCAAAAUCGCAUUCUACGCACCAAAAUAGAUAGUUGUACAAAGCUCGGCGAAAUUGCACUGUACAAGAUUAUAGAGUGUAAAAUUAACUCAUGUAUUCACGUUGCAUUCAUUGCUAAUCAUUCUUAAUCAUGGCCUCAAGUAGGAGUACAAAAGAAGUCCUAUUAUCACUUAUAGAUGACAUCGAGUUAAUAGCAAAAGAAAUGAUAGAAAAUACUAUUGCUCAAAAACCAGCAAAGCUCUCAAACAUAGAACAUGCUCAACUCACUGAACUAUUGGUUGCCAAGGAUAAUGAAUUAAAGUCAACAUUAAAACGAGCAGCUGAACAAGCCAAGAUUAACUUAAAGAUGGAAGCUUUAAAAGCUGAAGUAGAAAGGCAAGACCAGGAUAUCCAGCAACUACAACGGCAGUUAAAGGAAGCAGAACAAAUCUUGGCUACAGCAAUUUAUCAAGCAAAGCAAAAAUUACAAUCUAUUGCUCGUGCCAAUAAAAGACCUGUUGCUUCAGAAGAGCUUAUUAAAUAUGCUCAUAGGAUUAGUGCAACAAAUGCCAUUUGUGCACCAUUAUCAUGGCAACAAGGAGAUCCCAGGAGGCCAUAUCCUACGGAUAUCGAGAUGAGAUUAGGAUGUCUAGGCAGACUGAAUGAUGUACCUUUGAAUGGACAGAUGCUUGGGUCUCAUCCAAGCAUACCAUCUGACUUGCAUAGAGCAGGACAUCCUGCUGGGGAACCACCUGUUUCACAAUCAAACCAAUUUGCAUGGCAUCCAUCAGGAGAAAUUCAUAUGUCUGUUGGUGGACAAGGCAGUGUGGCUGUGAAUACACACAAGCAAGAGACUGAAGACGUUGAAGUUAUGUCUACAGAUUCUUCGAGUAGUUCGUCCAGUGAUUCUCAAUAGAUAUAAGUUUAUUUAUAUCUAUAUUUAGAGUUUUCAAUAAAUAUAUAAAUAUCUUUGUAUUACAGACUAUAUAAUCUAAGUAAUAAUAGCUUAGAAAUAAAAACAUGAAAA